AUGAAGUUUUCCACGGCCUCUGUCCUGGCCGCCUGCGUGCCCGCCGUCGCCGGUCGGUUCAUCGAAAAGGGUACCCCCAACGAGAACGAGCACGUGGUGCUUCACCCCGAGCAGACCUUCCUGGUUGAGACGGCGCCUGGCAAGCAGCAAUGGGUGACGGAGGAGGAUAAAUGGGAGCUUCGCCGAAACGGCCAGAACUUCAUGGACAUUACCGAGAACCGCCAACUCGGCGCCUCCAAGACGGGAACAAGAGCGACCGUCCAGUUUCCUACCAAGGUGACGCAGAAAAAGGCCGUCGCCGAGCUCUCCACGACGCUCUCCAAGAGCGAGAUGCAGAAGAACCUGGACAAGUUCACCAGCUUCUUCACGCGAUACUACAAAUCCGACUACGGCCUGCAGUCCUCGGACUGGGUCCUCGAAAAGGUCAACAGCAUCAUCCGGGAGGCCGGCGCCAACGAGACCGUCUUCGCCGCGAGCUUCCCGCACACCUGGAAGCAGCACUCGGUCAUUGCCACCAUCCCCGGCCGCACCAACAACACGAUUGUCAUUGGCGCCCACCAGGACUCCAUCAACCUCUGGCUGCCCUCGUUCAUGGCCGCCCCCGGCGCCGACGACGACGGCAGCGGCACCGUCACCAUUCUCGAGGCGUUCCGCAACCUGCUCCGCUCCCAGGACAUUGUCGACGGCAAGGCGCAAAACACAAUCGAGUUUCACUGGUACAGCGCCGAGGAGGGCGGCUUGCUCGGCAGCCAGGCCAUCUUUAGCGAGUACGAGCGUGCCGGUCGCGUCGUCAAGGCCAUGCUCCAGCAGGACAUGACGGGAUAUGUCCAGGGCACCCUCGACAAGGGCAAGCCCGAGAGUGUCGGCGUGAUCAUGGACUUCGUCGACCCCGGCCUGACCAAGUUUAUCAAGGUCGUCAUUGAAGAGUACUGCGACAUCCCCUGGGUCGAGACCAAGUGCGGCUACGCCUGCUCCGACCACGCCUCGGCCUCCAAGGCCGGCUACCCCUCGGCGUUUGUUAUCGAGUCUGCGUUUGAGGACUCUGACCCUCACAUCCACUCCACCGAGGACCUGAUCAAGUACCUGUCCUUUGACCACAUGCUGCAGCACGCCAAGAUGACGCUUGGCUUGGUCUACGAGCUGGGCACCCACGACUUUGACAAGGACAGCAGCUCUGGCUCGGUUGAGCUGUAA